AUGGAAGCUGAUAGCGACGACGAAAUAGACUCUAGAGAUUCUCAACAAAGUUCAGAUGCUGAAGCGGGCGAUCAUAGUCCCUUUUCAGAAGAGGAAUAUGGCCUCGACGAGACUUUACAACCAUUUAAUAGUACUGCUUCGUCAAUUUUGCCACCGAAUCGAAAACCGUUUGCGGAAGAUUGUAAAACCUACGACAUAGUUCCAUUAGUCGCAGCCAUUCAUGCCUGCCACAUACAUUCACUUGAUGCAACAAAAAACAUGCGAUGGGUUUUUACGGGUGGAGAGGAUGGAUUUAUAAGAAAAUACGAUUUUUUUUCUUCAAUGGGUGGUAAAACAUUGCUAACACAAAAUCAAAAACAUACACAAGUUGAAUCUGUUCAAAAGGCAGGUGUAAUAUUAUCAUAUUGGGAAAAUGAGGAAAUACCGGAAACUUUACCAGUCACAGUCAAACCUGAAAAACCUGACGGGAUAGCAGAAGAUGAUGUCACGCAAAAUGUACAGGAACCACCAUUGCCGGAGUUAAAAAUGUCACCCGUUUAUAGUUUAGCAGUACAAUCUGAAGCCGUUUGGUUAUUAAGUGGUUUAGAGAGCGGCGCUAUCAAUUUAUUUACCGUUAGACACGAAGAAGGAAGGUGUCACCAUGUCAUGCGAAAACAUAAAUCGCCCGUAUCCGUUUUGAAGAUAACUAAUGAUGAGACGGGUUUUGUGAGCGGUUCAUGGGACAAAACCAUAAUGCAUUGGGAUCUUAACACUGGGCAAAUUGCGCGAGAGUAUCCUGGUCAUAGUUCCCAAAUUAUGUACGAAGAAUCGGAUAAUACGAUAACACAUUCUGGUGAUAUACUACUUACCACGAGCAUCGACGGCAAUUGCCUUGUAUGGGAUAAAAGGUCAGGAAAUUUGAUACCGCCGAGAAAGCUGCCGCUUCCCGAAAAAACGCCACCAUGGUGUUUAUCGGCUUGUUGGAGUGCCGAUGGUAAUAAAGUUUACUGUGGGCGACGUAACGGAACCGUGGAUGAAUGGGAUUUUGCUUCAGGCAAACAUACUCGCUCAUUUAAAAUGCCAAGUAAUUCAGGUCCAGUGUCUUGUGUGGCUAGCAUGCCCAACGGUAGACAUAUCGUAUGUGCAUCAACAGAUAACAUAAGAUUAUGGAAUGUUGGCAACGAUGAAUCCGAGGCUAUAAAGUCGAUUGUUCCAUUCCUUAUCGUUCCAGGGCAUCACGGCGGAUCCAUAUCACAAAUCUGUAUCCUUUUAUAUAUAAUAUAUAUGUGC